AUGUACGCCACCGUGGCCAUGAUCCUCUUGCCCGUGCCCACCUACUUUCUUGCCUACUACGUCGCCCCUCAAGCUCUGGGCAUGGAACUGAGCGAGAAUGCGAAGGCCGUGGUGGCGGGCGUUAGCGCGGUGGCCAUGGUCCAGACCGUCAUCAUCGGCUACAUCAUCGCGGCCUUCCGCGAGUAG